UCCUAUGUAAUGUAUAAAAAUUUAAACUGGAAGUUCAACCACAGAAGCUACCCAAUCAGGUUCUCUUUGCUUAGUACACUGGCUGCUAAAUUUCUCUCAGCAGAGCUGCAAAUAUAAUCUCUAACUUAUUAAAGAAACCCAGUUGGUUAUAUAAAGGAAGAAGCAAGAAAUUGGAGAUGAAGAGAAAACGAGAAAUGGAGAAGGAGUCAGAGAUACAAUCUGCCAUUGAAGAGCUUUCCAUGCUGAUCCAACUCAAAACCAGUGAUAAUCAUGGUGCUGCUCUUAUACCCACAAGGCCUUUUUUAUAUGUCUGCAAUUUGGUUAUUCAAGUUCUUGAUAAGAUAGGCCCAACAAUGGCUGUGUUGAGACAAGACAUCAACCAGAAUGUUGAGAGAAUAGAGCUGCAAUGUGAUUCUGAUCCUUCUCUAUACUCCAACUUGGUUGAGAUUUUGAAGAAAGAAGCUGAUGAAGGCAAUGCAAGGAAAGGAACCAGCUGUAGUAAAGCCUUCGUUUGGCUCACCAGAUCCUUGGACUUUACGGUUGCUUUGUUACAAAGAUUAGUAAAGAAUCCAGAUCAGGAAAUGGAGGAAGCUGUGAAAGAUUCUUACAAUAUCACUCUGAAGCCAUGGCAUGGAUGGAUUUCAUCUGCUGCUUAUAGAGUUGCUCUUAAAUUAAUUCCUGAUACAAAAUCCUUCAUUAAUCUCCUUAAACCAAAAGAUGAAAACACUGAAACACUUAUAGAGGAUAUGGAAACCUUCAUUUCACUGUUAGUUCCUAUUCUAGAAGAGAUUCACCCUACUCUGACAUUGUACAGGUUGGAUAAGUUGAAGUCUACCUAGGAGAUGACACAGAAUCAAAGCACAACAUAUGUAAAUAUUUUCUUUUGUACAUAACCUAUAGUUUCUUCAACUUCAGUUUCUUUUACUGUAAAUAUGAAUUUUGUGAAUAGCUAAAUGGAGAAUUUGUUCAGAUUUUCCAUUUAUUCGAGAAAUACAGUCAUUUUGAUCUGGUUCUGUAA